AUGUCUUUCUUUGAACGAAAAGCUCCUCCUCCGUUGUGGUCCUCAUUUCCAGCAAGUCGACCAGGUCAUCGCCAUCGCAAACGUGCCGAGGCAAUCACCCCAGACUUCACAAUGGGGAACAACAAGUCCACACAGUCUCCGUCCCCAACCGGGUCCAAAUCCAAGCCUAAGCGCAACAGCACAUUUUUCUCAAUAUGUCGCGGGUCGAAAAAACCCACCAAUGUAUGGGAUCCACCAGCCUACGAUGACCAAGAUUACAAAGCCCCCUCAGCCCAAGUCAAGACGUCCACAGACGCAGACUCAGACUCGCGAUACUCAUUCCUCAAAGACUUCGACACCAUCUUCCUUGUCGACGAUAGCUCUAGCAUGAGCGGGCCUCGCUGGCGCGAAGCCGAAGAAGCAAUCGCCGCUAUCGCCCCAAUCUGCACACAAUACGACAGCGACGGGAUUGACGUCCACUUCCUGAACCACCGCACCAGCGGCAAAGCAGGGUCCUACCACAACAUCACUACUGCAGCAGAUGUGCAAGAAAUCUUCCACAGCGUGCGCCCGUGUGGCUCAACGCCCGUAGGUCGUCGCCUCCUCGAGAUCCUAACGCCAUACCUGCGGCGCGUGGAGCAGAUGCAGAGCGGGAAUGCGGUCUUCGUCAAGCCAAUCAAUAUUAUUACGAUUACAGAUGGCGAAUUCACGGAUGAUGCAGAGAGUGUGAUUGUGCAGGUCGCUAAGACGCUGGAUAAUCCACGAGUGAACGCGUUACCGUGGCAGGUUGGGAUUCAGUUUUUCCAGAUCGGGAAUGAUGCGAGUGUGCGGAGGUAUUUGCAGGAGCUGGAUGAUGAUUUGGGGAAGUCAUGUCGGGACGGGAAGUUGAGAGAUAUCGUGGAUACGGUGCCCUGGCGCGGGAAGCAGGGGCGGACGUUGGAUGCGGACGGGAUAUUGAAGUGUGUGUUGGGGGCUGUGAAUAAGAAGUUGGAUCGACGACAGGCCUGA